GUUUAUAAAGUAUGAACUAAAGAGAAUGAGGAAUUGGCUGCAAAUCUGUUUUUUAAUGAAACAUACUCAUAACCUACAUUUGGCCACUUCACGUUUGUUACUGCAAAAAUGUUUCCAUCAAGUUUUAUCAUUACAAUAUCAAAAUAAAACUAGCAUUCAGAAAAUUAGGACUUUUCAUACUUCAAGCAUUUGCUGGAAAUCACGAAAAACAAGAGAAGAAAAAAAAUUUAAGCAUAUUAUCCAGUUUAAGCCAAAAUCUAAACUUCCUACAUUACAACUUUGGAGAGGCUGCAAUGCUCUUGAAAUAGCUGAUAUUACCAAAAGAGAUUUAGAUGAUGUCUUUCAAGCUAUAUCAUAUCUGGAAAAUAGCGAAUAUUAUGAUGAUCCAGAACUAGAAAUUAAUGACACUGGAGCUAUUAUUUCAAUUGCUAAACGUUUGGGUUAUAGAGUUGAUUUCAUAAGAAAUCCAAAUUUGGAUGUAGCUAAAACAAAAAAAGUAAACGAUCUUACAAAAAGGCCACCACCAGAUAUAAAAGAUUUAGUAAAAAGACCUCCAGUUGUUGCCAUUAUGGGACAUGUCGAUCAUGGUAAAACUACUCUCAAAUGCAGAAACGAUCUCAGACUAGCUCAUGCCACCACCAGAUAUAAAAGAUUUAGUAAAAAGACCUCCAGUUGUUGCCAUUAUGGGACAUGUCGAUCAUGGCCACCACCAGAUAUAAAAGAUUUAGUAAAAAGACCUCCAGUUGUUGCCAUUAUGGGACAUGUCGAUCAUGGCAAAACUACUCUGUUAGAUGCAUUACGCCAUUCAUCAAUUGUGUCCCAGGAAUUUGGUGGCAUUACUCAACAUAUUGGUGCUUUUACAGUGAACUUACCUCAAGGACAGAUUACUUUCUUGGACACACCUGGCCAUGCUGCUUUUAAAGCAAUGAGGGCAAGAGGAGCACAAGCUACAGAUUUAGUUGUUCUUGUGGUUGCUGCUGAUGAUAGUAUUAUGGAACAAACUGUGGAAUCUGUUAGAUUUGCUAGAGAAGCCGAUGUUCCUAUAAUUGUUGCAAUAAACAAGAUUGAUAAGCCAACAGUUAAUAUUGAAAAAGUCAAAAAUGAUCUUUUGGCUAUUGGUAUUCAAGUUGAAGAUCUUGGAGGAGAGGUUCAAGCUGUGCCAAUUUCUGCAUUGAAGAAAAUUAAUUUAGAUGUUCUAACAGAAGCUAUUUUAACACAAGCUGAAUUAAUUGGUGUUGGUGGCGACCCCAAAGGCCCAGUUGAAGGUGUAGUAUUAGAAGCAAGCCUAGAUACAAUGAAAGGAAAAGUAUCGACAGCUCUAGUUCAGAGAGGAACACUAAAAAAGGGUUGUGUUCUGGUGGCUGGAACAGCAUGGGGAAAAGUGCGAAUGAUGUAUGAUGAACAUGGAAAACAGUUAACAGAGGUGACACCUGGCAUGCCAGCUCAAAUCUUAGGAUGGAAAAGUUUUCCCCUUGCUGGUGAUAUUAUAUUACAAGCUGAUUCAGAUAAACAUGCACGUGAUGUAGUACAUUUCAGAGAGCAAAAAUUGAUGGAGGAAAAAAUGGUAAAUGACCAAAUGGUAAUUGAGAAGAAAGCCCAGAUACAUAAUGAAAAGUAUAGAAAAGAAAGACAAGAGCGCUUAAUGAAAGGGAGGUAUCGCAAAAUGAAAAAUUACUUCAGAGAGAAAGAAAUUAUCGAAGAUACUCACCCAUUUUUGUCAUUUGUUUUGAAAGGUGAUGUGCAUGGUUCAGUUGAAGCAAUUUUGGAUGUAGUUAAUACUUAUGACUCCCAUGAUGCAUGUCGUCUGGAUGUUAUCCAUAGUGGUGUUGGAAAUGUGACUGAAAAUGAUAUUGAGUUAGCAGAGACUUUUGAUGGUAUAAUUUAUACUUUCAAUGUGAAAGUUCCACCAGAAAUUAAAAAGUUAGCUGAUGAAAAAGGAAUUCAGAUAAAACAUUUCAAUGUGAUCUAUCAUCUUAUAGCUGACAUGAAAACAGAAAUCAGUAGCAGAUUGCCAUUGGUCGAGGAAGAAGAUGUGUUAGGAGAAGCUUCUGUCCUUCAAGAAUUUUUAAUAAAAGAUAAGAAAAACAAAAUUCCUGUAGCUGGAUGCAAAUGUACAAAAGGUAUUUUGAAAAAGAAUAGCAUGUGCAAAAUCAUUAGGUCUGACAGAGUUGUGUAUAACGGCCCAAUAGCAUCGCUUAGACAUGAAAAAUCAGAUGUUGAAAGCAUAAAGAAAGAUGUUGAAUGUGGUUUGAUGGUUGAAGAUCCAGAAGUAUCAUUUGAACCUGGUGAUACUAUAAUUUGUUAUAAUCCCAAGAGUGUUGCACAAGAAACUGAUUGGAAUCCAGGAUUUUGAUGUUGUGUCCCACCUAGAAGAACUGUAUAUAAAUUUUAUUAAAAUGUAUAGAUAUAAUGUUUAAUUUAUUGUCAUAGCAUAUUUUAUGUAUUAAACAUCAAUUUCAAUGAAA